AUGCCACCGAAGCAACACGUCCUAGCAGGUCUCGGGAAACGCAAGGUCACCCGAGUAGCAAUCCUCGCUAGACUCAGGAGAUAUUUAAUCAACUUGAUCCGUGUUCCUCCCUCCCACGGCCCGGGUGUCCCCGAAACUCGUGGGGCAAAUGUCAAGCGCGCUGACAAAAUCGAACGCAACCAUUUUUAUUCCGAAGACAACAUUAAUUCCGAGGCAAAUUUUAAUCCAAAGGCAACCUUGGGUAUCCAUGGUGUCCACUCACUGAGUGUCCGAGCUAGCUGGACCUUUCGAAGGUCCCUCCUACAGGUCAGCUGGUACCCGAGUACCUCACUCGUCAAGAUUGGUGGCCGGAGUAAGGAGAAUGAAAGCUUGGAAUUCCUGUCAAAAACCGACGCGAUCUUGGACGUUUUCCUGCGAAAUCCGGCAGUUCCAAAGGCGGGGACAGGUUGGGAAAGGAAGGGAGAGAGGCGGCGGUUCAAUUCGGCCUAG